ACGGACAUGUAAAUCAUCUAAUUGACCUUGACGGAUUCAUUCUGAGACAGCUUUUUAAUCCAUGGAAAUGAUUGGCAGUUUGUCUAUUGUAGUUAUUUUCUGUUUAAAUAUUUCAACAAAUGCAAUUUUAGUACACAAACCCCCAAUUAUCCACACAAAUCAUCCAUAUCUUAACAUCAGAGAAAAUUCCCCAAUAGGAACCUCAUUUGUUGUUAUUGAUGCGUCAAGUCAAACAAAUGAUGUUGUCACUGUGACACCACAUGAUAGUGCAACAGCUGCAAGAAUCACCCUAGUGCCUGUAAAAGUAGGGGUCAACUCGACAUACAGAGCUCUUACUAAAAUUAUUCCUGAUAGAGAGAAAGAAGGAACAUGGUUUCUAACAUUUCAAGCUCACGAUUCUCAUGGUGAUACUUUAUGGACUUUGCCUCUUCAUAUCGAUGAUGUAAAUGACAACGCUCCAUUUUUCGUGCACGACCAUUUUCAUGCUGUUUUCGGAUUUGGUUUGACAGUUGGAACGAAGGCUUUGCAUGUGACAGCUUUGGAUGCUGAUGAUGGCCCUAAUGCGGCUAUUACAUACUCAAUGAAGCCCCAUCUUGUGACGCAUCCGUCAUCGAGAUACAAUGCCUUUGAUAUCGAUCCGAGUACUGGAGACAUCACAUUGAAGGAGGCGCUGCAGCAUGGACAGACAGUAUAUCAUUAUCAGGUCAAUGCAACAGAUGGUGGAAUCCCACAGCAUGUGGCAUCAGCCUUAGUGGAUAUAUCCAUUCUAGAUUUUGGUGUGAUUGGCUGAUCUUUUGUUUAAAAUAAUUGGAAGAAUAAACAAAUGAUUCUGC